CACAGCCCGCAGCUCCACAAUCUCGCGACCUAUGACAGCAUCGCCUCUCCACCUCCGUCCCCAAAACAGACCACCAUGCAUUCUAAUCACGCGAACCCCCGACCCGCAUCCCAGCACGCCAACAGCCUCCCAAAAUGGACAUCCUCCUCCUCGCCGGCAUGCCCACGAUAAUCGGCACAAACGAAGCAGUCCACCAGCAGCGCAUGCUCGACGACGAAGCCGAGGCGCCAGAGCGCCAGCAACCAUUUUACCUAGACGUAUAUUGCGACGCGCAGUCGAAGAAGCGGGACGAAGUCGACAAGGCGAUUGUAGUGCUCAAAGAUGGGAAGCUACGUCUCUGGCCCAAGGACGCUGGAACACAACUCCCAGCCCCAGACCCCGAUGCCGAUGGUGAUGGUGAUAGCGACACACCCCACCCAUUCACAGGCUUCUACCUCCCCUUCCCAACAGAAGACCUCCCGCACCGCUCCAUCCCCGCGCAACCCGUCCUCGGCCUCGUGAGCACCGUGCCUCCCACACCAUCUUCAUCCUCCACCUCGUCCAAGCCGAAAUUGAACUGGAUAUACGCCGACGCGCAGACCCGCGAACUGCGCUAUGCGCCACGCGCCGAGGCGCGUAAACACACGGUUGGGCCGUGGGACUGGACGGAAGACGAGCAGGGGUUGGUGCUGGAGGGCGAGGAGUGCCUUGUUGCUGUUGAGGAGGAGAAGGGCGGGUUUGGGUGGGCGGUGUAUUGGGAUCGGGAGGAUGAUCGGUUGAAGGGUGUGGGGAUUGCGGGGGAGAAGAGGGUGCUUAGGUGUAGUCUUGAGAGGAGGCUGGUGAGCGAUUGAAGAACAUCUGGCAAGGUGUGAAAUAGUUGAGCGAUGGAAUUCGCGUUGCUGGAACGGUUGGUUGGCCGGAUAGGUGGAGUGAGGGUGUGUUUUGGCCGCCUUCAAGGUUGUGGAAUAUAGUUCAAAAUCUCAUUGCAUUUGUAUCUUACGAAGUGUAAAACAGCGUUUGUCUGAGUAUUUAAGACUUGGUG